AUGGCUGCGGUGCGCAGGAAGUUUGGGGAUGAGUACCAGGCGGUGGGCCCAGCCGGCGGUGGUGCCCGCAGAGAGCGGCAGCGCUUCGUGGACAAGAACGGGCGCUGCAACGUGCAGCAUGGCAACCUGGGCGGCGAGAGCAGCCGUUACCUGUCCGACCUCUUCACCACGCUGGUGGACCUCAAGUGGCGCUGGAACCUGCUCAUCUUCCUGCUGACCUACACGGUUGCCUGGCUGGUCAUGGCUUCGAUGUGGUGGGGCAUCGCCUACCUGCGAGGGGACCUGCACCGGGCGCACGAUGACACCUACAGUCCGUGCGUGGCUAACGUGUACAACUUUCCCUCUGCCUUCCUCUUCUUCAUAGAGACCGAAGCCACCAUCGGCUAUGGGCACCGCUACAUUACCGAGCGCUGCCCUGAGGGCAUCGUGCUCUUCCUCUUCCAGUCGCUGCUGGGUUCCAUCGUCGACGCGUUCCUCAUCGGCUGCAUGUUCAUCAAGAUGUCCCAGCCCAAGAAGCGAGCCGAGACCCUCAUGUUCAGCCGGGCCGCAGUCGUCUCGCAGCGGGAUGGCAAGCUCUGCCUCAUGUUCCGCGUCGGCAACCUCCGCAACAGCCACAUGGUUUCUGCCCAGAUCCGCUGCAAGCUGAUCAAGUCCCGACAGACACCAGAGGGGGAAUUUCUGCCACUAGACCAGUGUGAACUGGAUGUCGGAUUUGGAACUGGAGCUGACCAGCUGUUUUUAGUUUCCCCAUUAACCAUCUGUCAUGAAAUUAACUCAAAGAGCCCCUUUUUCUGUCUCUCACAAAGAUCACUAAGAAGCGAGCAAUUUGAAAUAGUUGUCAUCCUUGAAGGAAUCGUUGAGACUACCGGAAUGACAUGUCAAGCUAGAACCUCGUAUACAGAAGAUGAAGUUCUUUGGGGUCACAGAUUCCUCCCGGUAAUGUCCCUGGAAGACGGCUUUUUCCGUGUCGAUUAUUCUCAGUUUCAUGCUACAUUUGAAGUCCCCACUCCUCCUUACAGUGUUAAAGAGCAAGAAGAAAACCUGUCUCUGUCAUCUUCUUUGAAUAGUCCUAUUGAUAACAACAAGACCAGAAGAGAAAAGGUUUGUUCACUUGACUGCAUUGACAUUGCAGGAGAGAAAAACAAGCUCCCUUUUAAACUUCAGAAGAUUAGCUCCAGAAAGGAAGACCUUCCGAGAAGAGCCCUGAGAAUGAGUUCCAGUAACACAGGGAAGACUUGCAGUACCGGAGAUCUCUUGAAUAUUCAAGAAAUGAGUCCCAUCUCCAAUGGUGAAGACGGUGAUGAAAGGAUACAACUGAAAGCCUUAAAAAUGAAUGCUGAGGCUUAG